AUGGCCGUCGCUCAAGCAAAUCUUUCGUCUUCACGUCUUCAACAACGUCAACGUAAGACUGCUCCUCCAGCUUUAUCACUCGGGGCCCCGCAAGUCCGAGCACCUCACCGAAGAGUUACUCAUCAUCAGAAAGCCGAGUGCAUUUCGUCGACAAAUAUGUCAAGAGAUGAUCCACCAUCUCCUCCUCCAAACCCUCCUCCAAGUCCAUCGAUGCUUAUUGAGCUAGAUGAUGACGAUUUCAGAAUCUGA